AUGUCUUAUGAACGAUCGUCAGCCCUAGAAAGUCAGCCGACAACAUUUCGUCGCGAAGACGACCCAGAAUAUAGAGAUGACCCUGAAUUCACACACUUCAGCGAAUCCUUAUCCGAGCAGCUGUUCGAACUCACCUCAAAGAUCGGUAAAUUAUCACAGCAGAUCAAUCUUCUAGGUACGAAGCGGGACACGGAUCGAGUAAGGGAACGAAUACAUGAUUUACUCGACGACGCGCGGGAUUCUUUCAAAAAGGCUGGCGAAGGUGUCAAGAAGCUGAGCACGUGGGAAGAUCUGGGUGCAUCGCAAAGAUAUACCCAACAAAAACUAUCCCGUGAAUUCCAAGCAUCAGGUACCGAGUUCCAAUCGAUACAACGUACAGCGCUCGAGAAACAACGAGCUUCUACGACCGCCGCCCGAGCAGCGCUAGACACUGGCGAGUCAGGCGAUCAGCCAUACAGAGAUGAGCCUCAGCAGACGCAAGAACAGGAGCAGCCACGUCUAGCGUCGCAAGAUGAGGUCGACUUCCAAGAGUCACUCAUAGUGGAGCGCGAGUCCGAGAUCCGGAACAUUGAGCAAAGCGUUGGUGAAUUGAAUGAGCUGUUCAGGGAUGUAGCACAUAUAGUGCAUGAGCAGGGUGUUGGCAUUGACUCGAUCGCGGAUAACGUACAAAAUGUGGCUCAAGACACACGACAUGCGGAUUUGGAGCUGAGGAGCGCGAAUCGGUACCAAAAGUCUGCGCGAGGGAAGGCGUGUUGUUUGCUCGUGAUCCUUGCAAUUGUGCUAGUCAUCAUUAUACUGGCUGUGGUUUUGGGUUGA